CCUUGUCUUUGCCAGUAAUGCCGAACAUGGCUAUGAAUGCUGCUGUGGCAAGCAUGACUGCCGCCACCAUGACUGCCGCUCUGUCCAGCAUCGGUGCCUUAGCCUCUUUCCCACAAUUGGCCCCGUUGCCCACCAUCGUCAACAAACCACCGUCUUCUGCCACACCAAACCUCGCCAGUAUUGAAGAGGCCAAAAAGAAAGUCACAAAGCAGGCGAACAGCUUCAGCAUUAAAGAGCUAACAGAGAGAUGCAAGAAAAUUGCUGAGAGUAAGGAAGAGAUGGCCAUCGCUAAACCACAUGUGUCGGAUGAUGAGGAGGAUGAGAAGCUGUUCGGAGCUUCUCUUAAGGAGAAUAAGGGCAUUGCAUUCAGUCUUGGGAACACCUCAAUAAAGCCGGGCGUCCGAACAGAAGCAGCCUUUGCUAAGGAGUUCCCAGUGUCGUCUGGCUCUCAGCACAGAAAGAAGGAGGGAGACGGAGCCUAUGGAGAAUGGGUGCCGGUGGAGGAAAGCAGAAAAAAAGUCUGCAUCCAGUUCAUCAACGACUGA